AUGAGUAUAAAAUUCAACACAUUAUGUUCACUCAUCAAAAAACUGCAAAUUAACACAAAAAAUGACAUUAAACGUUUGGAACGAGUGGUUCCUAGUGUAAUAAAUGCGAUAGAGGAACACCCAGCUCACACAUCGCUACUGCUCUAUCACUUAUCUAAGGCAACUAGUCUUUAUAGAAUUGAUUACGAUUGUAAAACAUGUAAGGGCCUUUGCAAAAUAACAUUCCAAGUCCUAUCUCCACAUACUUUUGAAGCAUUGGAUCGUUUGAGCCCCAAAGCUUUGGCACAAAUCCUUAAAAUAUAUUCCAAUUGUCGAAACGAUACCAAAAUAACCGAUCAAAUCCAACUCAGAUUGUGCUUUUUCAUGUUAUCUUGUCUAAAAUUUCCUGUAAAGUAUUUUAAUACUUUCAAUUCUUGGGCUAGCGAAUAUAGAUUAUCUGCCAGUGAUUAUUUGAAUUUAAAAAAUUCGGCACUUGAUCAGUCAAAAUUUUACCUUCCAUUGGUGGUUCACGAUGUUGCAGAUCUUAUACAAUCAUUGUUUCAGUUUUUGUGUCAUUCCAAAUCUAAUACCACAGGAGUUUAUAAGCAUCAAGUUUGUCAAUUUGAAUUCAAAACCAAAUUGGUGUUGGAUGUAUCACUGGAAUAUAUUGGUAAAUUACUGCAAUAUGAUCUUACAGGGAAAGAUAUACAUGGGAUCACGCGUAUAUUUUAUUACUACAAUGAACUACAUUAUUUCGGUGACGAUGUAAGGGAGCUGUGGAUGUUGUGUAUGGAUAAUUUCUUGAACUCCAUGAAUAUGUACGACAUAUGUACAAUGUUACAUGCUAUACGCAGUCCUUUGGACAAAUAUACGCGUUUGAUUCAAUUAUUAGAGGGUAGAUUGAGUGAAUUGCUUUCAGUGGAAUGCUAUUUAAAGAGCAUCAGCAUGAUUUUAAACGCCUUGUUCAAAUGCAACAUAAGAAACUCAUACAUAGCACACAUUGCACACUCGCAGAUUACAAAAUUGCUAAAUUGCAGCACAAAAGUUGUGGAACUGAUGCAAGUGAUUAAAAUGCUAAAGCUCUUUGAUGUAAAUGUGAGCCAUAUGAUAUCAUUGUUACACAAACAGACAUCCAAUUGCGGUAACUUGUUUCAGUUAUUUGAUGUACAUGACCUCACAAUUAUUCUCAAGUGGUAUAAUUUGAACAGUUUAGACUCUGAACAUAUUGUUGAAGCUGUGUUAUCAGUCAAUAAUUUGAAGGAUUUUGCUGGUGUCUCUAAAUUUGACAAUCUAUACCACUUUGCAGUUCAGCUCUAUGAAUCAUCAUUGUUGAAUGAUCGUCUGGUGGAUGUUUUAUCUAAAUCUCUCGAAUCUACCUAUGUAAAUUGCGUUAGAGGCGUUAGAUUUGAUAAGUUGGUUAGAUUGUAUGAAAUAUUUCAAGUAAAAUUGCCAUGUGGUUCUAAUCAUUGGAUAGAAGAUGUAAUUUUUGAAAUAAUAAAAACAGGUAGCUUGAUUGAAAUUUUAAAAACGCCACUGGACCAGUAUCCCAAAUUUGUCAAUGCAUUAAAGAGAAGGAUUGAAACAGAUUCAUCAAUUUCUAACGAUGUGGGUCUUAACUUGAUAAUUAAAUUAUGUAACAAUGGUGCAUUGCAUAACCUUUCUCUGCUGCCAAUUGAUUGUAUAAUUAAACAAUGUAAUGUGGAACAGUUAUCUUGUCUUCUAAAAUAUAUACCCAAGAAAGUCCUACCGAUAUUGGAUAUAAAAUCAGCAAUAAAUAACACCAAGCAUGGUCCUAGUAACAAGAACUUGGCCCUUUGCAUUUAUAAGUGCAUAUUGAAUGGAAUUAGAGAUGAAUAUGCUGGGUUGCUUAUUGAUUAUUUCAUAGAUUGUAGAUUUGAUGGAUUUAAAGAAUUGAUGAUGAUUUGCAUAAUAGCAAAUUUGCCAAACAUAACACAACUCCACUCCGUCAAAAUUGUAGAAUAUUUUCUUAGUCGUUAUAAUAGCGCACAGCUGUUGGAUCAUCAGAAACUGAAGAUUUUAAACAAAUUAAUCUCUAUUAGUUUAAGGCAUCAGUAUUAUUUGGCAGAUAAACUUGUGGCAGCUGGGAUUGAAUUGAUAAAUGGAAUGGAACCUUCUAAUGAAAUGGCUGUAUUUGUUAGUUACGUGAUUAGGCUGGACAAAUAUCGCAAUGCAGUUAUAUGUAAUGCAGUACAUACAUUACUAGCUGAUUAUAACAUACAUGGGCGCAAUCAUUGUGUUUUGGCUACUAUGGGAUUUGUGGGAAUGCAGUAUUGGGGAAACGAGUGUAUAAUUAAAUGGCUGAAACUUGCUAAUAGCGUGGUCGAUAAUGACUCCGACUUCUACACCUCAAUUCAGCUUCGCCUGUUUGUCAAUACCACAUUAAUAACACUACUUGAAUUAAAACUUAUGGAUGCUAUUGUAAAUAAAGCUAAAACUAUUGAAUUUGGUGUUAGUGAUAACCCAAUAAUUAGAGAAGUUGAGGAAGCAAUUAAUUACUCAACAACAAGAAUUACAAUGCGACCUAAAGUUGACAUUUUAAUUUUAAGCGAAUAG